CCCUGGUACGCUCAUCUCUUGCACAACCAAAGCUCCUACUGUUUUUGCUUGAUGGGUUUCGACAUGAUUAUAUCUCUGAGGAAGCACUAGAGACUUUGCCUGGCUUCAGAGAGAUUGUCAGCAGGGGAGUGAAAGUGGAUUACCUAACCCCGGACUUUCCCAGUCUUUCUUAUCCAAACUAUUACACCCUGAUGACUGGUCGCCACUGUGAAGUCCAUCAAAUGACUGGAAACUACAUGUGGGAUCCAGUGACCAAUCUGUCUUUUGACAUUGGUAUGAACCCAGACAGCCUUCGGCCUCUUUGGUGGAAUGGAUCCGAGCCCUUGUGGGUCACUAUGACAAAAGCCAAGAGGAAGGUCUCUAUGUACUUUUGGCCUGGCUGUGAAAUUGAAAUCCUUGGAAUUCGACCUAACCAUUGUAUACCAUAUGAAAAUGCUCCAACGGAUGCCGAUUUCUCCAAAGCUGUAAACAAUGCCAUUGAGUCUUUAAGCAAUGGUACAGCAGAUGUGGCAGCCAUAUACUAUGAACUCAUUGAUGUAGAAGGUCAUCGUUUUGGCCCUUCAUCUAAUCAGAGGAAGAAUGCUGUAAAAGCAGUGGAUAAUGUUUUGCUCAGGAUGUCUAAGCUUAUCAAGGACAAGAAAUUGCAGAAUGCUUUAAAUGUUGUUUUCUUUUCUGAUCAUGGGAUGACUGAUAUUGACUGGAUGGAUAAAGUGAUUGAACUGAAAAACUGCAUCAACAUGAGUGAUGUAAUUAAAGUGAAGGACCGAGGGCCAGUUGUAAGCCUAUGGCCAAAGAAAGGCAAGGAAAAUGAGAUAUAUAACAAACUGAAAAAUGUGCCACAUAUGACAGCCUAUAAGAAAGAUGAUAUCCCUGAUAGAUUUUAUUAUAAAAAAGGAAAAUUUGUUUCUCCGUUGACUCUGGUAGCUGAGGAAAGAUGGUUCAUAGUAGAGAGCAGAGAAUCACUUCCAUUUUGGGAUAAUGGCACUGGAAAACGAGAAGCUUGGCAGAAUGGAUGGCAUGGCUAUGAUAAUGAAUUCAUAGAUAUGAGAGGGAUCUUUUUUGCAUAUGGACCAGAUUUCAAGUCUAACUUCAGAGCUGCACCAAUCAGAUCAGUUGAUGUGUAUAAUGUUAUGUGCAAAAUUGCAGGAAUCCCACCACUGCCAAACAAUGGAUCCUGGUCGAGAGUGGCCUGUAUGUUGAAAGAUAAUGCCAAUUUGGCCCCAGCGUUCCAAUGGAGCAGCUCUGUGCUGGGACUUAUUCUGUUUUCAUUGUUUGUAUAACAAACCUUGCAACACCAGUCUCAGUACAAUGUCAGUCAGUGUGUCUAGUUUCCUCCCCACCCUUCCAAUUCAAUGGCAGCAUUGAAAUGGAAAACGUUGUUGGGAGAAAAUGAUAUAAAUUAAUUUCUGAAAAUCCUGGUGCCAAAUGCUUGGAGGGGCAUAAGCAAACAAAAACAAACAUGAGUUAGUUCCAAUGGGCACCUGUUGUCCAUUACCAAAGUAAGCCUUUUUCUGCCUUCGGCCAUCAGUUCCAGAAUUAAUCCCCAGGUGGCUGAAACUAGUAAUCAAGAUGCACCAACUCAAAGCAGACAGACCCACUUGCUAAUCACAUCUUUUUCUAGCAGUUUUCUGCCUUUGCAAUACAUUUAAAUUUAGAUCAGCUUUUCACAGUUCAUCACCUCCCAUGAUGUGUUAUUUCUAUGGUGUCCAUAAUUCUCUGACAGCCAAUCUGGUAGACUAUUUUGCCAGGGAUAGUGCACAUUGGAGCCACUUGUAUGGACAGCAAUAGGAAAAUGGACUUAAAUGACACUUAGAAGUUCUAGAACGUGUGCCCCAGAUUUUUCCUAGUAUAUAUACAUGGAAGGAGACAGCCUGUAACUGAUCAAUAGUACGUAGUCACUUUAUAGAUUCCACUGGAGCCUCUUGGCAACCUCUCUAAGAAGACCUCCGAUAAAGACCUCAGAGCUUCAUGUGGCUGCCUCUUCCAGUGGCUUAUAGGUCAGGAAAUCAGUUCUGAUGCUAACCUGAACCUGCUUCUGUUAGUUAUCCCUUUUCUUUGCGACAACCCUUUGGAAAGAUGAAAAGUACUUUAUCACUUUCAAUUAUUUCUUCCGUGGCCGAAGCAUAAUCAGAUCCUUUCAAUGCAUUCCAUUUAAACACCAGUUGCUGAGCUCAGCAUGAGGAAGAGAAGAGACCAAUGUACAGUGGUGAAUGGUGGUGGUGAAUCUUCAAUAAAGAGGUCUUCAAACUUUA